AUGAAUACCAAUGCAAAAAAAUACCGGAAUCAGCUAUACAUUGCUUUGACGACAAUCACCGGCUUAGCAUCAGUGAUUGCAGUCUGCGUCGUCAUUCAAAUCCGAGGAUGGCUUGGGAAGAAAGUUGAAGCCAUUUGGGAAGACGAAGUGUGGGAUGCGGCCAGAGUGGAAGAAGAGAAAUCCAACCAGUCAAAUGAUCGUCUGCCAGAAUCAGUUGCGUGGAUGAACAGCCUCCUUGCCUCGGUCUGGCCCCUCAUCAACCCAGACUUGUUCGCAUCAUUGGUCGACAUGCUUGAAGAUGUCAUGCAAGCAAGUUUACCAAAAGUAAUCCGGAUGGUCAGUAUCGACGAUCUUGGACAAGGCAGCGAGGCCGUUCGAAUUCUUGGAAUUCGCUGGCUACCUACCGGUGCCGCUGACCAGUCAGUCGAUGAGGAGGGCAAUUUGAAGAAAGCCAGCGACAAAGAAGUGAAUGAUCGCGGUGCUCCAGGCCAAGGAGAAGAAGAGGAUGUGGAAAACAAAGCCAAGGAAGAGGAUGACCCUGAAGCGUCGAAGAAGGGGCAAGAAAAUAAACAGCAGGAACAGGAACAACAAGCUAUCCGUGAAGGUAUGGAGGCAGAGCAAGGCGAUUUCGUCAACAUGGAGCUGGCGUUCGCCUACCGAGCACGAUCUUCUGGCAAAUCGAUCAAGUCGAAGGCUAGAAAUGCACAUCUCUAUCUCAAGUUCUAUCUUCCGGGAGGAAUUUUUGUUCCCGUAUGGGUAGAACUGCGUGGAAUCAUUGGGACGAUGCGCCUACGCCUUCAACUUACCCCGGAUCCUCCAUUCUUCAGCCUUUGUACCUUGACAUUCCUCGGCCAGCCCCGAGCAGAUAUCUCUUGUGUCCCUCUAUCGAAGCACCUGCCCAACCUCAUGAAUGUGCCCUUGAUUUCUUCGUUCGUUCAGUCUUCAAUCGAUGCUGCACUUGCUGAGUAUGUCGCACCGAAGAGCUUGACACUUGAUCUCAAGGACAUGCUUGUGGGCGACGACUUCAAGAAAGACACAGUCACACGAGGUGUCCUCUUGAUACUCAUCAAGGAAGCCAAAGACUUCAAAGAAGGCGACGGAGGAAUUGGGCCUAUGGAUGGCUCGAGUGAUGCUUAUGUCACUUGCUCAUGGGGCAAGUUCGGGAAGACCAUUUCGUCAACCAGAAUUAUCGAGAAAGACCAGAACCCGAAAUGGCACGAAUGGGCUUACAUGUUGGUAUCGCCCGAGGAGCUCAACGCAGAGGAGAAGUUGCGGCUUCAACUGUGGGACUCGGAUAAACACACAGCCGACGAUGAUCUAGGACGAGUUGAAGUUGAUCUGAAAGAGCUUAUGCACAGCCCAAAAACGAAGAACAAGCAAUGCGACAGAGUGGAUCGAUUCAGAGGCCAGGAUCCAACCGAAAAUAUGCCUGGCACCAUCUCAUGGUCAGUUGGUUAUUAUGCAAAGACGAGAAUCACUGAAGAUCAACUCGCGAGCCAGACCGAGGACGGCAAGAUCAAGACGAAAGAGAAUCUGAAGAAGCAGGUAUCGGAUACCGCUGAGAGGAAGCUCCGAGAAGCUACGGAGCAUGACGAAUCCAGGGAAGCCAACCAGCAGAAGACCCAAGAUUAUCAGGAGCGAGAGAAUGCAUUAAUUUGCGCCUCUCCGCCAGAUCCGAAAUACCCAAGCGGAAUCCUUUCAAUCCAGAUCCACAAUAUUACAGGGCUUGAAGUCGAGGCUUUGCAAAAGAAAGACAAGGACAAUGAGCUGAAUAGGGAAGAUGAAGCCGAGCAGUCAGAUGAUCUACCCAGCAGUUACUGCACCAUUAUCUUGAACCACAAGAAGAUUUACAUGACACGAACAAAGCCGAAAAAUGCCAAGCCAUUUUUCAAUGCUGGAAUAGAACACUUUGUUCGCGAUUGGCAGAGCGCAGAAGUCAUGAUUAGCUGCAGAGACAGCCGAGAAAGAGAAAAUGAUGCGCUACUCGGGAUCGUAUAUCUGCCCUUAGCCAAAGUCUUCGAGAAACGCAGUCAAGUCAUGGAUAUGUACCCACUCGUCGGCGGCACUGGAUUCGGACGAGUACGAAUAUCAAUGAUAUUCCGCAGUGUCGAUUUGCAACUUAUGCCAGAACAGAUAGGAUGGGAUUAUGGUACGCUCGAGAUUAAAGGACCUGUCAAGUCCAAAGGCCAACUGCCAGAAGACUUGAUGAACCAUCGCAUCAAACUGCGCUCAAAAAUGGGACGGGUGAAGAUGGAACCAGGCAACGGAGAGUGGCACCCCAAGAAUGACGACUCAUCCCAAUUCAUACCCUGGCGAAAUCGCUACGCCAUGCCCCUCACCGUUGAAUUCCGCAAGUCAAGUCUGGGUCCCGACUCCACGCCUGCAUUUGCCGUGUUCUGGUUGCAAGAUAUCCCGGACGAGGAGGAGCGCACGGUCACAUUGAAUGUAUGGAAAGGAGGGAAGGAGAACCUCAAACGGGCGACCACUUGCUCUGGUUAUGAGGGGCUUGAAGAGAAUGAGAAGCCGCUUGGGGAGAUUGAAGUCACGAUGAAGUUCUGGAGAGGUCUGUCGGGGUACCACAAGCGAUAUGCACGGAAGGAGAAGAAUGGGGAUGUGAGGAGCGUCAUGGAGGUUCUGGACACAGUCAACGACGAAAUUCAAAGUGACGAUGACAUCGACGGAGUGGACGAUUCAGAUGGCUCCGAUUCCUCGCAAAGCGGCAACGAAGGACACUCGAACGAUGAAAGCACAAGCAAGAAACUCGCAACUCACACGAAUCAGCCAGAUUCGUCCUCGGACGACGACGACCGAAGCAAGAACCCACUCAAGAAAGCAAAGAAAGUCACGACCAAUAUCAUGAAAGGCCACAAUGAUUCGGAUGAUGGGACUAGGGGAGCAGUUGGGCAGAUGAGGGAUUAUAAGGAUCAUCAUAGGCAGUUGCAUAGGCAGCAUCGUGGUGUAAUGCAAUGGAGAGCUGCGAGGACGGCGGAUUGGGCGCUAGGCAAAGCGCGGAGAGGGAAGGGCAAGGUAGAAGGGAUUUUUGAACAUUCGGAGAAGAGUAAUGGGGUCGAGACUGAGGUUUGA